AUGUUUCAAGCGGGGGAAUUGGUAGCUGGAAUCGACAUGGGAGAUGAUAGAAUUAUUCACGUUCUCCAAACGUCCAGUUUUUAUUGUAUUCUAAAUGCAUUGUUCUGUAUCGCAACGAAUGACGCUAAUUACGCGGCGCUCAUUAAGAAUACACAUGACGUCCCUAUUCUGGAGUUUAUCAUUAAGCUUCUUGAGGAUAGAAAUAUAGAAGAGGCUCACAGAACAAGGGCACUGAUGUUGCAAUCUAUGUGUGACAGUGACAUUUGUAAACUGGAAGAGGAAAGUUAUAACAAUGUACCAAUGUAACAAUUAAUGAGUCGCCAACUACCCGGAGCUCCUCUUUGGCUGAUGCUACCAUAGACAACAUUAGCGGCUGACAGCUCCACCUUCAAAAUGCAAAACGUUAAAUGGUUUGCAAUGGCGCCACCGUCCUACUGGUGAUAUUGAUA